AAGGCCUGAAUCUGAAUCUUCUUCUGAUCUUCUAUCUCUCUCUCUCCGCGUUGGUGCAAUAAGAAAUUGGAUCUUCACCGAAAAAGUUCACACUUUGAUUGUUUCACAAAUAUUAAUAACCCAGAACGGAUCCAUCUUCGUUUUCCCCAUUGGCACUCAUCUUCCUCUUUAUAUUUCUUUAUUGUUUUGGGUACUGCGGACAACAAUUUGACUCUGUUUUCUUCUCUUCUACUUUGAAUUUGCUGCCAAGAGGAGGAAGGAAGAAUUCGUAGCCAUGGGUUUGGGAUCAAACCCUUGGAAGAAGGCUGCUCUCAUCCUCCUGAUCUCUUUGGCCGCGCUUUCUGUGUCGGCUCAGGAUUCUGUUCUGAGCAAUGAAAAUGAAGAAUCAAAUGGAUCCAUCGUCGGCCAUCUGGGUCGCCGUAGCAAGAUGGUUCUGAGAAAAAUUGGAAGGGAUGAGGUGAACAUUGAUGAUCCUGAUUCAGUUGGUGUAGAUCUUGGCCUAGAGGCUUCUGGUCUAGGAUUUGUUGAUGCGUUCUUUUCGAGUUUGGUGAUCAUAAUUCUAAAUGAGCUUGGAGACGAGACUUUUAUAAUAGCAGCCCUAAUGGCUAUGCGUCACCCAAAAUCCAUUGUUUUGUCGGGUGCUCUCAGUGCUUUGGUUGUAAUGACAGUGCUUUCCACUGGCCUUGGAAGGAUUGUGCCAAAUUUGAUAUCACGGAAGCAUACAAAUAGAGCUGCCACAAUUCUCUAUGCCUUCUUUGGACUGAGGUUGCUUUACAUUGCAUGGAGGUCAUCAGAUUCCAAAUCAGCGCAAAAGAAAGAAAUGGAGGAGGUGGAAGAAAAACUUGAAACGGGACAAGGAAAAACCACAAUCCGCAGGAUACUUUCUAGAUUUUGUACACCUAUAUUUUUGGAGUCAUUUAUCUUGACUUUUCUAGCCGAAUGGGGUGAUCGCAGUCAGAUUGCAACAAUUGCUCUUGCCACACACAAACAUGCAGUUGGGGUUGCAAUCGGAGCUAUUUUAGGUCACACCGCUUGUACAUCUCUGGCAGUAGCCGGAGGCGCAGUCCUUGCAGCCAGGAUCUCCCAGAGAACCGUUGCAGCUUUUGGAGGAAUGCUUUUCCUAGUCUUCUCCUUGUACUCCCACUUCUAUCCUCCUCUAUAAUCUUCUUCUUGGCUGGCGAAAGAAGAACAAAAAGUAUACUUCUAAUUACUAUUUUUGUAAUUUUUUUAGCUUUCAAAGCUUGGGUAGAACAAGUAUUCCUUGUUGUAGUAUAAAAUUCUCCCAUAUUAAAGACUUGAUGUUUGGAGGAAUUCUUGACUUAAAAAAUGUAAUUGUUCCUCCUUGAAAGGUUUAUGGCACUUAUUUUUUCCUUC